UUUGUUCAUCUCAGUACCGUCUAGCCUUAAUUCUUGAAUCAGAAUUUUCGUUUGUAUCAUAACUGGCGAAAGCCAUCGUGCGGGGUCGAAAAGUUUUGCCACCGAGAAUAAAAUCUGUCUCUUCGUUUGGCGGAUAAUGUGGAUAUGAACUCUGUCGUGUAUGAAAACGAUAUCGCAUUCCAUUGGAUGCUAAGUGUUUUUGUACUUUCUUUUUCGAAUAAAAGGAAAUUUGUAUCCAACAAAUUGUCGUUUGGGAUAUUUUUUAUAUUUUGUAAUGGAAACCCUGCGGUGUUGAGGGCAUUUAUUGCCUCGUUACUUUGUCACUGCUACUUAAAAAUAACUGGUAACAGUUGUGACAAGUUUCCUAAAGUAGCAGUGGCAGGAAUUAACGAACAAAGUAGCAGACACAGUAUCACAUGAAAAAUUGCGACAAAAUAGCAUUCACCGUGGAAUAUAAAAAAUUGCGACUGUGACAAAGUAGCAGUCACAGUAUAACAUGAAAAAUUGCGACUGUUGCUAAAUAGCAUUCACAGGCAUUUAUUGCCUCGUUACUAUUUCACUGCUACUUAAAAAUCACUGGUAACAGCUGUGACAAAUUUCCUAAAGUAGCAGUGACAGGAACUAACGAACAAAGUAGCAGUCACAGUAUCACAUGAAAAAUUGCGACAAAAUAGCAUUCACCAUGGAAUAUAAAAAAUUGCGACUGUGACAAAAUAGCAUUCACCGUGGAACAUAAGAAAUUGCGGCUGUGAUGAAUUCAUAUUCAUUAAAGCUAUGAAUUUUCUUCAAUUUUAUAAGUAUAAAUUGGUUAACAUAUAAAAAGUUAAUUUAUCUUUAAACGAGUAAUACUUAUGUACAAAUUAAAUUGAUUACAGAAACCUCAAUGCUGUAGUAAAGCCAAUUAUAAAACUUUUAAUCUUAAAAUUGCAUCAAUUUAUAUAGUAAUUUAAAAAAAAACUUAUAAAAAGUAUUUUAUAAGUAACGAAAUAUUUUUAAAAGCACAUAUGUUUUCGUUUACUUUAAAUAGUUUCUAUUGAGUAUCCUUAUAUUGAAAAAAAAAUCUUAACAGAAUAUAUUUAUUGUGACUUUAAAAAAUAACGGAUCAUUUACAUUAAUUUUUGUACGAAACGGUUACAAAUCAGUUUGCUUAUACUUAAUAAAAAUUAAAGAUGUUUGUGUCAAAAAAAAACCAAAAUGAGUUAUGUGUGGCAAUUUUUUAAAGAAGUGGAUGCCGUUUUCGCAAAAUCUGAUAUUUGUAAAUGCAAAAUAUCAUAUAAAAAGUCAACAUCAAAUUAAAAAAAAAACAUAUGGAACGGAAGCAUCCUACUGUUCGAUUGGAAAUGGUAAUAUGUAUAAUUUUGAAUUUAUUAUCAAAUUGGUAUUGUGAAAAUAUUUUUGCAGUCGGAAAUUACGCCAGCGCCGCAAAAUGCGCCUGUUACUUUUGAUGAGGAUAUUCCAUCAACUUCGACUGCAUUACCAAAGCCUUUAACACAAACUAAGUUUUUAAAUGUCGCGCGGCUAAAAUCAAAAAGGAAAUAACAAGCAAGAUAUUGCAGCUGUUUACGGUGGAUUUGCAACCUUUCUCUAUAGUUGAGGACAAAGGUUUUCGGGAAUUUGUAACAGCCCUAAAUCCAUCUUAUGACAUUCCUAGCAGACGUGUGAUUUCAAAAUCAAUGAUUCCUGCAUUGUAUGAGGAAUGUAAACAUAAGGUACGAGAAAUGAUUAGGCGCGGAGAAAAGUUUUGCAUCACCACUGAAUGUUGGACAUCGCGGAACACGUCUAGUUUCAUUGCUGUAACUGCACAUUAUGUCACCGACUAACGUCAGUGCUUUUAUCGUCAUCCCAACUGAGGCAAAAUCAUGUAGCUGAAAACUUGGGUGAGGCGAUAUAACAGAUCGUAAGUGAUUGGAAAAUUAACGACAAAAUAUUGCUAGCUGUGUCGGAUAAUGCUAGUAACAUAAAAAGUUCUAUAAUUAAUUAGUUAGGUUGGAAGCAUUUUGGAUGUAUGGCUCACACAAUUAAUUUAAUUGUAGAAGAAGGAUUACGCAUUCCCGAAGUCGAACAAGUAACUGAUAAAGUUAAAAUAAUAGUUGCUCACUUCAAGAAAAGUACUUCAGCGAAUGAAGCGUUUGAAAAUUACCAGCGCAACAGCGGUAAGAACCUCUAAAAUUAAUUCAACAAGUUGAAUCGAGAUGGAAUUCCACACUGGCAAUGUUGGAGCGUUUUUCGGAGUUGGAGGAAGCGGUGAAAUGUACUUUGGUAAUUAUAAAAAAAAAAAAUUACCUAUAUUAACCAGCGACGAGUGGGUGACUGCUGUUGCUUUGUGCAAAAUUUGUAAACCAUUUAGAGAUGUCACAGUAAGCAUUAGUCGUGAAGCAUAUUGUACAGGAUCGCUGGUAAUACCAACCGCAAAUGGUCUAUUAGAUGUGUAUAGACACUUGCGAACUGAAAUAUUUUCAAACACUUCAAAAAAAGUGAUUGAAAUUUUUUUAAAUGGAAUUAGGGAACGUUUUAGCAGUUUACAACACAGUAAUACACUUAUGGUAGCUACUUUUCUAGACCCCAGAUUCAAAUUAGUGGCGUUGACUGAUGAAUCAGCAGCUCAUAACACAAAAAAACUUAUAAAACGUUAUCUAAUAGAUAUGCAAAGGGAAGAAAUAGAAUUUCAGACUGAAAGAACAGAAGAAAAUAUUGAAAAAUCAGUAUCAAUAUGGAGUUCUUUCGAUAAAUACGCUAAUGAACAUAAACCACAUAGCAGCGUAGAAGCAAAAGCCAUUUUUGAAAUUCAGCGCUAUUUGGAAGAUGGCCUGUUUUCCCGUAGUUGCAACUCAUUUCAUUGGUGGCUUGAAAAUAAAUACAGAUACCCUAAAAUGGCAGAAUUAGCCAAAAAGUAUUUAUGUGUUUUAGCCUCCUCCGUUCCUUGCGAGAGAAUUUUUUCCAAAGCAGGGGGCCUAUUCUGUAACUCGAUUCGAAAAAAAAUUUACUCGAAUUCGGAUUUUGUAUAUUCUGUAACUCGAUUUUCGGAUUUUCAAGCCAAUUUUCGCAUAAAAUAUUCGAUAGCUUUUGAGUUGUGGAAAGAAAAAACGAAAAUUGUACGUAUUUAUUCUGGCACAGGGUGGUACAACUUUCGCAUAAUUAUAAACUAGAUCCGAAUUUCGAAUAGAAUACAUUUUCGAAUCGAGUUACAGAAUAGGGCCCCAGGGCAAAUUGUAUGUGAUCGUCGGUCAAGAUUAUGCGAAGGGAAUACUGAAAUAUUGUUGUUUUUAAAUACAAAUGGAAAAUAUUUACAAACAUAAUAUUUUGGCCUUCUUUUCCAUUUAAUGUAAAUAUUUUUAACACUAUUUAAUUUUUCGUUUAUGUAUAUACUUUGUAUUUGGUGAUUUUCUAAAAAUGAAUUUAUUUAGAAAUUAACAUAUCUGCUUAUUCUAAUAAAUAUGUACAUUGUACCUAAAUGAAAAAAGGAAACACUUUUGUUCUACUUUAUAGGCCUAUGUCUGUUACAAUAGGGGUAUUCGCUUGCUCUUGCAAGAUUGCAGAUUGGGAAAAUACUAUACCGAAAUAUACAAGGACACGAGAGCACCCAUUGCAGAAUCUAGUGAUAUAUGAACGGUUGAUUCGGUCAAUUUAUUGUGAAUGACUAUUAUGCUUGGCUAUUGUGAAUUGGCGCACCUUCUGCAUACAUUUUUAACAAAAAAUCUUUAUAAUUUGAAUAGAAAUUAUAAAAUCUAUUUAAAACGUACCUUUCUCAACAAUUUAACGACGUAAUAUGCCUUUAUGUAAACUGACAGCUAAAACAGGGUUACAAUUAUAUUUUUGCGUGACAUUGCACGCAAAUAUACAUUGGUUUUGAUCUGACAUAUUUUACAGCCAUUGCAAAUAAUUUUCUGCGUGUGUUUGUUGUUGUGCCGGUACACCAAGAGGAAAUAUAUGCAAUUCUUGCACCGUUCAAGGGUUUUGCAAGAGCAGGAGAAUACACCUAAUUUUUAUUCUAGUCACAGUCACAGUUUAAAAUCACUGCUACUACAAAGUCACAGUCACAAGUAGCUGUGUUCCUUAAAAGUCACAACAUCGCCCAUCACUAGUUGCUAGAGGAAGUUUUGACUUUGUGUUCGUGAAGUGUACGAAUGGCUAGGUAUGGGGCACAGUUUACGCCAAAGUUAAUUGUUUUCAAUUUAAAGUCGAGUAGUGGACUAUUGGGAGAUGUUCGGAAAAUAAUACUCUGAAAAUCUUGAUAAUCUUUAUGUACGACUAUUUGCCGAUACAUUUUUGAAGUGAAACCUCUUUAGAAUCGUUGUGAUUUCAAACCGGAUGCAACGGAAAAAACGACAGGUAAGAGACACAAAUACGAAAAUGUGUAGGAUGAAGCCAGGAAAGAAUGAGACAAAAAUAUACAUACUAUUUCAUAUUAUCGGCAUAUACAUGCAUAUAUUAUUUCUUUGGCACAUUUGUCUGUAUGCUUACGAAAGCAAAUGCGAGGCACAUACAUACAUACAUCCAUUCAUAAUAACAAGUGUCAAAGAGUCAAUCUGUGGAAGCACUGACGCGACGACAAAGCGCCACAACGUUGUGUUGUUGGUAGAAAAUCCGAGCUGUGCCGAAAGAAAUUAACAAGAUGCUCAAUUUAUAAUUUUUAGCUUUUGCCAUCGUCGCGAAAAGACGCUUGCUGGCAAAGGCAUGCUCGGGGAGAUGUUACGGCGUCUGUUUUUAUGAAUGAAGCGGGGCCGCUUGUGGAAUUUGCGCCUGCGCUUAUGAAUGAAAUCGUUUUUGUUGCAAAAUUUACUAUAUUUAGGCUUCGCCAAUUUGGCUGCUAUAUUAACUUGUGACGCAUUUGCUAUUUAGACAAUUGUUGUUUCUGUAGAACAAUGUUUCAAUUUUUUGUUGGUGACAUAUUCACAUGUGUCCACGUAUGCAUGUUUGUAUGCUUGUGAAUUAUUUGUUCCACAAAGUAUACAAAUAUACAUAUGUACAUUUAAGUAUAAAUGAAUGUAUAUGAACAUGAAGAUCAAUGCGCGCACAUGUAAUACAUUGAUAAGUGAUAAAAUAAUUAUUUGAAUUUCUGAAUGCGCUAAUGCGUAUACAUACAUUUAUAUGAGCAGGUAAUAAUAUUAUGAUAUGAGCAGGUGCAGAGACAUAAGAUUAAUAUGAUAGAAGAUGUACAUACAUACAUAUGUAUAUAUUGUUGUCAUAAAUUUAAUUUCUAUUAGUAAGAAAUAUAAAACAAAAAUAUUUACGGUAUACUAUAUUAUGUAAAAAUCAACUAAAGUUAUUAAGUCCAAAUUGACUAUAAAUAUUAUUAUGUAUGCAUUCAUACAAAAUGAUACUCAUAUCAUAAUUAUUUUUACAUGUCACUAUGGAAUUGCUGAGGGCAAAACACAAAAGCACAUCCAAGCGAUUUCCUGGUUGAAAGCAAAAAUUGAAGCUUGAAAAUAUCACAAUGCUGUUGUUGGGAGUAUCAUAAGGAGCAUGCACACAUAUAUUUAUGUCUCUUCA